AUGAUUCCCAUCCGCUCCUGGCUCGCAAUUGCCGUGACGGUGCUGCUCUCGGCCUUGGUUGUUGAUGCUGCCUGGCUCGAAGGAACAGCCACCCACUACGGGCCCUUUCCCCAGAAUCCAUUGUGGUCCGAGCCUGGCUACCAGCCCGGAGACGUCGGCGUCGGCUGCUCGGACGGACAACCCGGCGGCGAUCCUCGCUGGAACAAGGUUCUGAGGGCCGGACUGCGGGCAAACCCCAGUCUGCCGAUCAACCAGUUCACCAUCUACCCCGUGCAGUACACCGUUGCCGUCUCCGAGAAGAUCUAUGGGGACAAAGCUCGCUAUUGCUUCCAGACCAUCCAAAUCCGUCGUGGAGGACGACGGAUCAACGCCACCAUCGUCGACUUUUGCCCGAUCGGCUCUUGUCUGUGGCCCGAGAGCCAGCUCGCCACCAAUGUCGAUAUCUAUGGCGGGGCUGCCUGGGAAGCUCUGGGCGGAGGCCCGCUGGAUUCUAGCGUCGCUGUCGAGAUUUUGUGGCCGCCAAACACCGGUGUGCUCCCACAGCCUCCGCCUCCGACUCCACCUGCACCGGCGACCCAGCCGCCCGAUGUGCCGCCAUCAAAUCCUCCACCCGCUGGCCCGGCUAUAUGCGGCAAUGGCAAGCAGGGAAGCUGCGGGAGCGAUCCAACCGUUUGCUGCAGCCCGUUCGGAUACUGUGGGCGUGGGCCGUCCUAUUGCGUCAACCAGACCAGUCCUCCUCCAGCUCCUCCCCCGCCUCCAGCCAGCACAGCGGGAUCCAGGCUUCCGGGCACUUGCCUGUCCGAUGUAGAUUGCGACCAGAGCCGAGGCUUUUGCUGCAGCAAGUUUUACUUCUGCGGACGUGGGGCGGACUAUUGCGGAUCCAAGCCAGCCUCAAACUCGGCCAAAGUGCUCGUUGCUCAAGCACAGCAUCAGAGCAGCAACUCUCAGCUGCAAAGUUGUGCGGGAGGGAAGCCCGACCAGCAGUACGCCUGCAAGCCAAACAGCUCCUGGAGCUGCGAUCUGUCUCGAUGUGUCUGCGACAAAGGCUUCGCAUACAACCGCCAACUGAGGCAGUGUGUUUCGGGCGAUCCACUCCGGCAAGCAUAG